UGAUUCCCCUUUUCAUGUCUGCAUCACGUUUUCCCCCGUGGGCUGCUGGUGCUUCCUUGGCUCGUUCUGCGAAGUUGUGUUGUGUCACACUACCUACUAAGUUUAUGAGGAGCAUCGUCUUUCUUCGACCGUCCCUUGGUCCUUGAGCUUGGAUUCCAGCCAUGGAUGACCUUGCAAGGCUGCUGGCCCUCGGAUGGCUGUUGGCCACCGUUGUUCUUGCUCAACGCUUCGCCGCCAUCGAAGCGACGCCAACCUUGUCGCUCCGAUAUUACCAGGCUGCGUCGAAGCUCAGCCCGCUGGGGAAGCGACAGGCGCUGUGCACCCAGGGUCAACAUCCUUGCCUGGAUAUCGGGCCUCUUGGCGCAACAUCGUGCUGCCCCGACGAUACCUACUGCAUCGUGAACCCCACCACCGGCAACAAAGCAGCAUGCUGCGCCAUCGGCUCCGACUGCGGCAGUCCCUGCCCAGCGAACCAGUACCAAUGCAACUCAACCACAACCCUGACCUCCCCAUCCCCAACAGUCACCACCGUCCCCGCCUGCUGCCCCCGCCCCUGCACCCAAACCUCCAUGUUCCUCUGCCCCUCCGCCCUGGGUGGCGGCUGCUGCUCCUACGGCCAGACCUGCGGCAGCAGCCGCAAGUGCCUGUGGACUAGCACGGCGGGCCCAACCUCGGUCGUCGGCGAGAUCCCCGCCGGCUGCACCACCAGCCAGAUUGCGUGCCCGGCCUCCAUGGGCGGCGGCUGCUGCGCCCUCUCCCAGAGCUGCACCUCGGCCGACGGCAAGGCGCAAUGCGCCGCCGCGACGGCGCCCGUGCCCACCGGUAGCGGGGUCUCCGCCGUGGCGCAGGAGAAGGGAGGGUUGGGCGCCGGCGGAAAGGCGGGUGUUGCGGUGGGGGCGGUCGUGGGUAGCGGCCUCGUGGUUGGGGCAGUGACCUGGGUUUGUCUCCGCCGACGCCGCCGCAGGAGGAGGAGGAGGAGGCGGAGGAGUGACGAGGGGUCCGGGACUGGCACCGGCACCCGGACUGGUGGGGGCAGUGUGGAUGGGCCGGCGAUGCGGAUGGCUGAGGGCCGGGGCGGAUGGCGGACCGAGGGUGUCCAUGGUUCCGGGGGCGGUAGAGCCGGUGAGACGUCGGAGAGCCACUCGGAUGUCGUGUCUCACGGGGGGAGGCUUAGGGGUCUGACGCAGGACUACUUCGGCCCGGAUGCUGUGGCUGGGCCAUUCACGGAGGCAGAGCACGGUACCUCCUCACCCCACGGGGCGUCGCCCGGUCGGAAUCGGGCGGUGCCGACGGAACCACAGAGCCCGGAUGACAUCACCGCGGCUGUGGAAAUCGACUCGCGGUCCCGGGAGCCGACUGUCGAUGGGUCUGGCAAUGGCGGGUCGAAUGUGCCUGCAGUACGUCCCCAGCAGGUGUCUGAUACCAUCGAGGGCCGGUUCGAGUUGUACGGUUCCGAACUGUCCCCACCGUCAGACCCUGUAUCGCCAUUCACGCCGCAGUCUUCCGGGGCCGAAACGGUAACACCGGCAGAUCAGCACACGAACCCACACGUCGCAUAAGUGCUGCAGCGAGCGGCUAACACCUCACGCGACCAUGGGCAAGUUCCGGGAUGUUUGCCGUGAGAACGGUAGUCUUCUAUUAGUGGGUUGACUUCUUAAAAAAUGCCGGAACUCCUAUCCGUCUAUGAACAAAACUCGCAUGACCAUUCAUUCCCCGGACGGGAACAGGGCAUUUGCGGUCAGAACCUCCUUGAAUGCAAAUGAGCUAAAAAAAAAAAAACAUCCCGAGAUGGCGCUCUGACAAGGUGGAACGCGACCCGAGACCGAGAUAUUAUCUUCCCUUCCGAUCAAACAAACCAUAUUCUGGGAAA